AUGGGAAGGAAGAAGUCGGACACUAAUAAGGACUCUGCUGCGUUCAUUGUUCCAGGCUCCUGCUCUUCUACCUCUUCCAGACGUACCUCCUUACGACUAGCUCAAGCGUCAUCCGCCGAGAAAUUGGAGAUACAGCACGAAAUUUCCGAGACGCAGGAUGAGUCAAAGUCCUCGGGCCUAUCAAAAACUCGUCGAGGUAUGAGGUUGGCGAAGCUCGAAGUAACCAUACCAUUGAAACCGACUCCAUGUCGUUCGCCCUCCUCCGUUGCCGCCGACGACACAUCUGCUGAUGGAAUAAAUGGGUACGAUACGCCAGCCACAAGUGUCGCUGUAACACCGGCGGCGUCUGACAUAGGCCCCUCCAAGAAGCGAGUCAGUGCUUCUGUUCGAGCUAGGGAAUUGCGUUCAGGCAAUAUGUUCCUGGGUGGACCUAAGGGAUCGAAGAGAUCGCUUGCUACGGAAACAGAUAAUCACUUCGAUGCUGAGAUAGCUGAGAGUGCUGAUGCGAUUUUGGCCAGGGACUUACAGCUCCAAGAAUAUCAACAGAACCCUCUCAAACGACGAAUGACCUCUAAUGAUGUUUUCCGAAGAAUUGAUGGUUUCGUCGAUUCCCCUAGUAUCUUAACGGAACUGGGUGACAACGCCAGGGAUGAUGGAUCCCUUGGGAAAAAAUCGCAAGAGAUAUCCCCUGAGCGUAAACUCAGGACGUCUCGUCGCUCAAAUGUCAAGCUCGUCAUGUCAGAUAGUGACGAUACUAUGGACAUCGAUGGGUCUGAUUAUGAAACGGAUUCUGACUUAAGCGAUGUAUCCUCUACUGCAAGCGACUACCAACCACUGAUUGUGCAGCGAACGUCACAGGUGAAUAGUGUAAGGAAUCAGGGACUUUCGUCUCAGAGACAACGACCUGUCACGGCGGCGAGUGCGCUUGCAGCUGGGAUGAGCUUUCGUGCUCGUAGGGAGCGACAAAAGCUUGAGAAGCAACACCCUAGUAUUAUAACAAUGUGGGAUGAUUUAAAGAAUGAUCCUCCAAUUACGCCUGUGCCAGCAGCGCAGCCUACGGGUAUAUCUAGGACGCUCAAACGGUUUCAACUCGAAGGCCUCAAUUGGAUGAUGCGACAAGAAAAGACACAGUAUAAGGGCGGGCUGUUGGGUGAUGAAAUGGGAAUGGGCAAGACGAUUCAAGCAGUGUCACUUCUAAUGUCGGAUUACCCGGCAGGGAGGCCGUCGCUGGUUGUUGUUCCCCCAGUUGCUCUAAUGCAGUGGCAAUCGGAAAUCCAGGAAUAUACAGAUGGGAAGCUCAAAGUUCUCGUCUACCACAAUACCAACACCAAGAUUCUGGCCUUGAGUCAAUCCAUCGAAAAGAAUGGAAAGGUUGGAAUCGCAAUGAUGGCAUUGUUAAAGAAGACAGUGUCAUUCAUUCCAUUCAUUAUCACAGGCUCAUCCUUGACGAAGCUCACAGUAUCAAGUGGAUUCAGUCAUGUAUCAGUUUUCAACCAGGAAAUAUUGAACCCGAUCACGGAACGAGACGACCCAGAGGCGCGGAAGGCAGCAUUGGCAAAGCUGCGGCUAAUCACGGAUAGGAUCAUGCUCCGACGAGUCAAACGAGACCACACAGCCUCAAUGGAACUACCUCCCAAGCGGCAGUUCGACACCUACGUGAGCCGCGGUGUAAUGUUGAACAAUUACGCUAAUAUCUUUGGACUCAUUAUGCAAAUGCGGCAAGUUGCGAACCAUCCCGAUCUAAUUCUGAAGAAGCAUGCCGAGGGCGGGCAAAACGUUCUCGUUUGCUGCAUCUGUGAUGAACCGGCGGAGGAAGCGAUCCGAUCACGGUGCCGUCAUGACUUUUGUCGGCGCUGUGUCAAAGAUUAUAUCCGGUCAUUUGAUGCAGGUGCCGUAGUUGACUGCCCGCGAUGCCAUAUACCCCUCUCGAUUGACCUCGACCAGCCGGAUCUUGAACAACAUGAAGAUUAUAUCAAAAAGAACUCCAUCGUCAACAGGAUACGAAUGGAGGAUUGGACUUCGUCGACCAAAAUAGAAAUGCUUGUCUACGAGCUCUACAAACUACGCAGCAAGAAGCAGACGCUCAAGUCCAUCGUUUUUUCACAGUUCACCUCGAUGUUGCAACUCGUGGAAUGGCGCCUGCGUAGAGCUGGCUUUAAUACAGUCAUGCUUGAUGGAACCAUGUCACCUGCACAGCGCCAGAAGUCGAUCGAUUAUUUCAUGAAUAAUGUUAAUGUCGAGGUGUUCCUCGUAUCGCUCAAGGCAGGCGGCGUAGCCUUGAACCUGACGGAGGCGUCAAGGGUUUUCAUCGUGGAUCCGUGGUGGAAUCCUGCAGCUGAGUGGCAGAGCGCCGACCGAUGCCACCGGAUUGGUCAACGCCGACCCUGUGUCAUCACGCGGCUAUGCAUUGAAGAUUCAGUGGAGUCUCGCAUUGUCAUGCUCCAGGAAAAGAAAGCGAACAUGAUUAAUGGCACCAUCAACAAGGAUCAAGGGGAAGCGCUUGAGAAACUCACCCCGGAGGAUAUGCAGUUCUUGUUCCGGGGAUCGUAG